AAACACCGGUCUCGACUUUGCUUUGCAAACAGCCGUUGGAGUAGGGGAACGCGUACACGAUCUAUGUACCCAGUGAUUUAUCGCGACGCGAGAGGUGCGUUAGUGGCCGCCAGAAUUUCGGACGCGAAAUUAACGAGAGAACGCUGGAACAGAGGACUAUGCUUCUCGCCGACGGGACGUGACCUCUCGCCGACCAGCCAUUUUGUCGCGAUUGCCCCUGAACAGAUACAACCAGACAGAGCCAGAGCAGAGGAUCGAAUCGAAAAGUGGAAGCCCCACAAAGGAGACCUGGAUCAAGAAGCUCGGUAGUUGCUCGCCCACCAAGUACCAAGCGCCCGGCAGUGCAAUAAAGAUGGCCGCCCUGAAAUCUCUGGACGCCUCCCGACUCCUUCACACCAGCCAACCGGUGACCCCUCUGAAACCUUGCGCCUCGGGUUCACCUCUGGAGAUGCCGAACCUGGAGAACAUCAUCCAGGAGUUCGAGAUGAGCUACCUGUCUCCGUCGAAGAACGAGGCGACAGUGAUCAGCGCGAGCAAGCACCAGCAGAACAGCUUCGUCAAGAAGAUCGUGGCAGCUUUCGAAGUGAAGUACAAGGUGUACAACGACCUGAAGACCACGCAAGAAACCAAGGAUGCUCUAGAACCGAGCAAAUCAAAAUCCCCAUUAGACCCAACGAAGAAAUCCAGCAUCUUCGCGGGAAGUCACUUCAGAAGCGGCUCCGAGGAGUUCAAGCAUUUAGAGGACACAAGAGAAGCUCAAGACGUCAAACAGUCCAGCGUCUUGCCAUCCUCGAAGUACAACGCGGAGAACUCGAAGACCUACAGGCGCUCGGGGAUCUUCGGCUCGCCGUUCAAGCUGUCUUCUGAAGACGAAGGCAGUCGCGACGAGUCGAAGCACGAAAUCGACAGUUCAACCAGCUUCACUCCGCGGAAACAGGAGGAUUCGAAGAGCGUGAACAGGAGGUCGGGGAUCUUCUCGUUCAAGCUGUUCUCCUCGGAGGACGAAGGUAACCGGGAGGAGUCGAAGGACGAGCACGACAGCUCGGCCAGCUGCACGCCGCGGAAGCAGGAGGAUUCGAAGAGCGCGAGCAGGAGGUCGGGGAUCUUCUCGCCGUUCGGUCGCUCGAAGGACAGCAGCUACAAGUCGUCGGACGUCUAUCUGAGUCCGGUGCUCGUGGAUUCUAGAGACUCCAGCUCGGACAGCUCGAGUCUGUUCAAGUUCGACAAGCAGGAGUCCAAGCGGAGGUCGAACCUGUUCAGUCCGGCGAGGACCACGGUGUCUCUGGAUGACACGAAGACGUUGGACAGCGUGGAUUUGGAUUUGACCUUGCCGGAACCGGACGAGACGAUCUUCCUGAACCAUCCUCUUCCCAAGACCAGUACUAUGAUCAACGAGUUCGAUAAAGAGGUUCGAUCGGUUCAGCGAGCUCCCAGCGUGGCGGACAAGACGCCGAAGGUGGUCGGCGCGUUUCUGAAGAAGCCGAUAGAGGUCGAGGACACGUCCAUCGAGUGGAUUCCCAUUACGGGAAAGAAACUGCCUCGCAAACGAUCGCUGAAGAAGCUGUUGACCUCCUGGGCCACCAAGCGGACGUUGGAUAAAAACAGCAAGCUGUUCUCGUCGGAGAGGAAUUUGAACGAGGAGCCCCGGGAGCUGCAGGAUUCUGGGUACGACGAGCGGUCCUGCUCCUCGUCCUCGUUGACGUCGCUGAUCUCGAUCACCGAGGCUUUGUUGCAACAGGAGAAUAGUUAUGUGGAGCCCGAGAGGAGGCCAUACUUGAGCACCUUUCAGAGUAGGAAUUCGUUGGAUGAAGAUGAGGAAGGUCCUCAGGAUACAAACCGCGGUGUUGGGCAAAAGAAGAAGCUGCUGCUAACCGAGGUGCCGCGCGAGGAGGUGAAGCUGGAUCUAGGCCCGGUCUUCCCCUCAUCAUUGAAGCUGCUGACGAUGUCCCUCGACCGGAAGUACACGAUGUGCGAGAAGAGCCCAUCCUCAGUGAAGUACACGUUGCCGAGGGUGCCGAAGCACCCUCACCUCUCUGGGAUCCCCAAACACCCGUUCGUGGCGCUGACGAGGACGGAGGACACCGCGGAGCAGUGCGAGGAGUUCGUGGUCAUCAAGAACGACCUGUACGAGGUGGAGUUCCGUAAGAGCAGCGUGGGCAUCAGCCCGAGCUCCUUCAAGCACAAGUCCCUGUCGCCCGCGUCGUCCUCGGAGAGCGUGUACGACGUGCCGAGGAGGUUCCUGUCGAAAUCCGAGCCGGAGAUACAGAAGGUUUGCCGCGGAGACGCGGCGAGAGGCAAGCAGGAGCCGAUGUACGACGUGCCGAGGCUGCGCCGCUUCGACAGGCCCAGGUCCAGCCUCUACGACGACGCGCUGUCCCUGAAGAGGAGGAGCCUGCACGCGGAAGAGCGGCCCGCGGCCCAGUUCUACGCGCUGCCCGCCGAGGAGCCGCACUACGCCACCGUGAAGCCCAGGCAGCACAGACUGCACCGCAGAGACGCGCUGCUCAGCUCCUUCCAGGACAUCUCCUCCAUGCAGGACACCUUCGUGUUCUGAUACUCGAACUGAUAUAAGUUUCUUGCUCCAAUGGGGAACGUAUUUAUUGCGAUUGACGUAGGUUUUAGUGUUCGAAUCCGCGCGUUGACUGUGGGAGCUCUGGUUGCGGGUUUGGCUUUUAGACGUUGAGGACGGUGAUCGGAGUAGUUGCUUAGAUUGGAGCUUAUUUUGUUUUUAUCGUAGAAGAAUUUGGCAGUCGAGAUCAUCGCAUCCAUUGAUCGUGAAGAGGGAAUGGACUUGAGAAUUCGCGGUUGCGUCGAAUCGCGAGAAACGCGACGGAGGUUUUACGGUUUCCAGCGUUCCCUUUUAUUUCCGUUUUAUUUGAACCGAUCUCCGUUGAGAAUGACGGUCACGAUCAAGCAUAAAUGUUUUUAACUGGGAACGCUACGAGGCGAUGAAGAUGGAAUUUUGAAUAAGACUAUUAAUGUAACGGUUUCAGUUGCAUUCGGUUCCCAAGCUGUUUCAGUUUGCGAGGAACUUUGCGAAGCUCGUCCGGCGUCUCGGGUAUUUCGAGAGAAAUAUUCCGCGAGAUCGCCGAAAGCAAGGGUCGUUUCAUCUCCGCGGACCGUCUGUCGCGAACGAUCGCCUUUGCGCGCGUUGUAAGCCGUUUACGCGGCGUUCCAGGCGUCCCGUGCGAAAAGGGAGGGGGUGUGGCGUUCGAGGGCUUCCCGCGGAGCGGAGUGAAGCGACAGCGUCGCGUCUUAGGGCGUUUCCGGCGGGAAACGUUUCCCCGAAAGGCUCGGCGGACCGAACUGACUAUUCUUACCACAUUGCGUACCGGCUGAUUUUCAGAAAACUGAAUUGGGCGGACGGCAAUUUUCAUUGCGGUCAACUUGUAUCACUAUACAUAGAAAAACUCAGAUAUCAUAUUGCUGUGUAAUAUAUUUUAAAUAGACAAUUUGAAUUAAAUUUUAUAUUUCUUCAAUACUGUGGUGAUUAGCGAAAUUGCAUGGCUAACUGUCUUCAUAUAAAAACGAAACUUCUCGUUACCGGUACGCAAUGUGUUAACUUGUUUUUAUAGAAAUGAUUCGGGUGCGUGCACCGAGAUUUUGAUAGUUGUACUUGGAUUCGUCCGUUGCGGCGAUCGUUGAGAAGCAGCUGUGCCUUUUUAAUAAUCGCGAGAGAAGAGGAGAAGGAAAAUUCCUGCGCUGGGAAUUGGAGGCUGUCCCGUUCGUUUUCCGAGCGGAAACGAUCAGACGGAGGACAGUGUUCGCGAAAAUAUGUCCGUAGUCUCGUACGUGUUUCUGUAACGAAAUAUUUUACAGAGAAUCGGACGUUGUACCUUGUGAUCAUGCGACGUAUCAGUAUUACGUACCUGCACCGCGUGUCGUAAGCGAGCAGGCUCAGGUAUAGCGUAGACGUAGGUAGAAUUUAUUAGGACGUAAGAGGCUACUGGCGCAAGUAGUACAAAUUUAUUUACCAUCGAGUAUAUAGAACAGCAAGCUCAGAUUGUGCAUUAUUUUUGAUAUCUCUUUUUAAUAAAUUUUCUCGCGACGAA